AUGGCUGCCAAAACGGACCACACUGUUUGCUGCGGUGACAGCGGAUUGUCGGUAGCUGCGAAUGUUAUCGGAAUUCUAACUUUUGUUCUUGGCGCGGCCUUGACCUACUUCGCAUAUUUUAUCCUUUCUGUGAACGCUCUGGAAGACUUACGGACGAUUUAUGAAGAUCAAGAACGAUGGCGUAUCGAACUACAACCAAUCAUCAAUCAUUGUGAACAAGAAUACCAUCGGAAUGAUCCUACUUUCUCAAAGUACUGCCAACAGCUAAAGGCAACAUUGGAACAAUCUAACCGGGUAACUAAUGCAAUCACCCGAGAGCUUGAAAAACUACCUAAGUUCGACAACGAAUCAAGAAUUCCACACGCCUUUCAGAUCCGACGUCGUGUAAUUUGGGUAUUUCGGCGCCAAAAAAUCAUCGGGUAUUUGGACCAACUUUUCAGAAUCAAGACUGAUGUGUACUCGAUUUUCAUGUCUUACUUGAUACAGUAG